AUGUUUCACUCGGCCCUAGGCUCCAGGACUUCACGGAGAGAUCCUUUCACCGCUUCCAUCGUCAUGAAGCUCCUCUCGUGCUACAGCACAACAUUGUUGCCUAAGUUGGGGAAAACUUCUUUUCACUUCACCCACCACUUCGCCUAUUUACCGGCGACUUUUAAAGCAAUACGAAGAAAACAAUUAGGUGCAAUAGGCCCAAGAUCCACCUCUUACCUCUCGAUCCCGGAUGGAGGCCCCCUCAAGUUUGGUUUUGACGUGAUGAAGUAUCUGGAGUGUAAUGGCUAUGGAUUAUACACCCUACUCGUGCACUGGAAGCUCCUAAGAAACAGCAAAAGGAAAAGUUCUAGUAAUUCGAAGCGGAUCUUAGUAUUUGUUUUUGAUACUUUGAGUUCCAUUGAUCAGGCUCGAGGCGGCAAUUGCUUCGACCCGCUUGUCAAUCGAAGAAACAUUGUUGUUGAUACUGAACUUAUUCGAAGAUUUCAACUCUCCUUUUCCCCCAACUUUUACUUGAUAAACAGAUUGUCAUUUGAGAGGUCGAGCAUACCUCAAUACGUAGGAGCCUUCACUUCAGAGGAGGCGGAAAUCGCCAAAGCGAUCAUCAAUCUCAAUAACUAA